AUGCCUAAAGUGGUUUCAGUGAUCGAAAACGAAAUUCCAGCCAAAGUCGUGUGUUCUGCGAAGGGAUUCCCCAUGCCCAGCUACAGUUGGCGUCGCGAGCACCUCACGAAGAGCUCGGCCAAGGAGCACUCGAACCGCUCCUUAGUGCUGUCGUCUUCAAACACGCUGCUGCUGGGGCCCAUCGCGAGGAAGGACGCGGGCAACUACGUGUGCGAGGCCUACAACAGGCACGGAGCGGUCAACACUACGGUGUUCAUGGACGUCAUGUUCGUCCCGGAAUGCGGCAUCAAGCAGCAGGAGGUAGACGGGCAGCAGUUGCUGGUCUGCACGGCUCACGCCAACCCCACCGAGGUCUCCUUCACGUGGAAGCUGAAGAACGACAACGACACGCUGACCGACGAGAAGAUCUGGUCGGAAGGAGCUCAGAGCUUCCUCCGUCUGCGGUCCGGAGUGGACGUGUACCGGACGUACUUGUGCGUCGCCUCCAACGAAGUGGGCGUCUCGAGGCCUUGCGAAAGGGACGUCAUGGGCACUAAGGUUUGGUGGCGCGAUCGCCAGAAGUUGUUCCUGAUCGGUGGAAUCGCGUUAGCCCUGCUCCUCAUCACCGUGAUCCUGUGCAUCAUCAUUAUCUGCAUCUGCCGACGCAUGAGGGCCAAAUCCAAGUACAAUAAUCCAGUCGAGCUGGAAGAGCGAGAGAAUCCGGACGGUAGCUGUAUAAACGAGGUGUCCAUAGCGCAGUCCAUAAUAUCGCAAGCUUUGCCCGCUUUAUCGCCGCGACUCAAUCUGUCCUUCGGCCCGAAGACCUCCGAUAGGACCAGACUGGUCGAUUCGCAGAACCCACAUUUAGAGAUGAGAGUUCACGAUAAAUCUUCAAAUAGCUUGCAAGCCAGCUUGUCGCAGUUAGAGGCGACGAUCAACGCGAACAGAGCCGACGGGAGCGAAGCGGAGACUAUAGCGGACGACGAGAACGACAGAGUCGAGCCUCUCUCGUCGCCGAACAAGUGGCCUCUGAAGCCCGGCGUGCUCGUUCACGUCAACUCGAACCACACUUUGAGUCCCAAAAACCCUGCCAGACUUCAUAGAGCUCGACCGGCUCGAAACGAAGAGAGCGACUUAGGAUUGUUAGAGCGAAAGAGAAACGACGAAGUUAAGCCUAGGACUGAGCGUUCUAAGAAGAGCGGGGGACCGCUCGCGGGGAUGUUUAAGAACUUUAGAAGAAAAAGCGAUUCGUCGGACGACGACGCCGGAAAGUACAAGAAGAUCAACAAAACGAACAAGAGGGCCGUGUCUCUGAUGAGUAUCAAUAAGAGUUGUGGACCGAAAAGAAUAAGAUCUCUGUUUCAAAGCGAAACUCCGAACGUAAUCGUUACCGAAGGAGUCGUAUCCUUCAAAAGGCCUGACAGAAUGUGCGUAAGCGCUAGAAUUGAACCUCUCAAAGAGACGCAGCAAAACACGAGGAAACGGAAAAAGCCUGGCGACAGCCCUCCUUCGAAUGGCGUAGAUAAUGCGGCCAACGGAGCUCUGGGAACGGACAACCCCGGUCUCUAUGAGAACCUGCCGUUCCACGGAUUACAACAACCACCCAACAAGCCCGUGCAAGCCAUACAACCCAGAGUGGUCGAACCUAACAAAAGAAAGGGCAUGAGUGUGGAAUCAUUACAAAAGCAACUCACAACUAACCCUUCGUUCGCUCCGAGAGUGGUCUGUCCGCCUUUCGUUCAAAACCCCGUUACGUGUCCGCUGAGUCCGUCGGACUCGUUGUCCACGUACGGAAUACCGGUUCUGUCGCCCAUACAACAGAUGUUUCCUCUUCAAAAGACCGUUCUACUCAAUCCGUAUCUCCCGCCGAUGCCUAGCACUUAUCUCAAACAAUUUCCUACGAUCGAUGAAGAAAUGGGGGAAGAAUCGAGGAAAUUUUGUUCCUUGAAUACGCGAAACGUAAAGCUAAAACCGAAGUUUCAAUCUAUGAGAAUAGUGAGGAAGAGAAACAUUGAGAGAUUUUAUCCAAACACAGAAUAUGGAGAAAACUUUAAUGAAAUUAAUAAUAAUAGUAAAAGUGGAGAAGGAAAAGACAAAGAUGAAACGGACGACAACAUUUACGAAAACUAUCCGUCUCUAAUGAAAUUUAAAUCUGACAUAAGCGGAGUAGAGAAAUUUGAAAAUCUUACAGAUUCCAUCCAAGUAUACGAGGAAACGUUGGAUCAAAGUGAAAUAAACGCAUCUGCUACGUCCCUCGACAGGCCGAUACCAGCCCCUAGAACUAAAAUAACACCUUUUUCAUCGCCGUUAAAAUCAGAUCAUGUUUACGUUAACUUGUCCAUGCCGUUAAUUAAUACCAUGUCUAUCAAAUCGUUUGAUACUGUAGACGCUCCAAUCAGAAGCACUAAGUCUGAGGAGAACAUAUUAUCGAAGUUUCCCACACUUCCAGUUAAGAAAAGCAAAGAAGAUAAUGUUAUACCAAAUAAAACUGUGGAUCAGAAUAGUUCUGACGAAGAUGACAAUGAAGAAAAGAAGACAGACCUCACUAAACCAAAUAUUGUCGGGGCUACUCCGAAAAGGAUGUUGAUGACUUUACCCUCAACUUCUUUAGUAAAAUCCGUGGUGAACCAAUUGAACGAGCAAAACAUUAACAAAGUCGGACUGCCAAAGAAACAAGCGAUAACUCCGACCACUCUACAAAUACCAAAACUCGCGGAGAAACCGGUGCCAAAGAGAAAUUUAAAACGUAGCAAUUCCGUAACUAGUAGCGUAAUGAGUAGUGAAGUAGACCAGAAUACUAACAUCCUCCAACACCAGUACCUUCAACAAAAACGGAAUCACUUUCCGAACAUCGCCCCAAAAGGGAAGAACAAAAAGAACUUCCAAAUCCCUCUGCAGAAACACCACAGCUUCUGCUACUUCCAGCCGAUCAGAGUGGACAAACGCAUCCCCGUAGAUCAGGAACGAUCCUAUAACAACACGAUAGGUCCCGUGAUAUACCGACACGCGGACACGCAGUUCUAUACGAAGACGCUCAACAGGAGCAGGGAAAAGAACGGUCAGCGGUCGAGUCGCUUAAAAAAGUCGGAAAGUCUGAGAGAGAAGCUGUCGUGCGUCGGAGUGUACGACAACUACGAGAAGCCGGACUAUCCGGAGCCGGAGUACGACGACUCCGAGAGGAAGUCGUACCUCCAACUGCUGAAAGGCAACUACAUAUCCGACUCCUCCCGGCACAUAGAGCCCGAGCGGUACAGCUCGAACCUGAACUCCAGGGAGGACAAACCUAGACAUAAGAAAUUAGUGUACGCGGACUUAGCGCUAGGAAACCAUAAUAUGAAAUUUAAAAAUACCGUCAAUUCUAAUAGACAUUUAUACGACACGUACUCUAUAAGUAACGAUAGCGCUAACAAAGACACUAACAGUGCUCAUAAGAAUAGUGUAGGCAGUAGUCAAAGGAAGGGGCAGCCCCGGAGCGAGUACGCCACGCUCAAGUUUAACGAAAUCGAUCCAUUCCGGCCGGAGGACCAUUUUGUAUACGCCGAUGUCGAUAUGAAGGAUUAUGGGCCGAUCAACUACAAGGCGGCCUCCAUCUACGCUCAGAUGAAGAAAGUCAAGAAUCAACAGAAAUUACAAGAAAUCCACGACAAAAACAACCCAGACGACGACAUGUUGUGA